AUGAAGUUUACCGCCGCUCUCGCCUUGGUUCUGAUGCAGACCGCCCCGGCAUUUGCUGGAUACCUCUGCGUGAUGUCGGACGGAAACCCCAACCCAGGCACCAGCAUCUGCACCGCGGCUGGCGGCACGCCUGAGAGGACUUACCCUGCGGCGUGCUGUCUUGCCGAUAGUAAGAAGGGCUCUUACGAGAAUGGAUGCAAAGACAACGGCGGUAUUCGGGCGCAGUACACUUACAUCUGCUAA